AUGCGGCUCUGGUCGGGCCCGGUGGCGGCGGCGCUGCUCCUGAUCGCCGCGCUUCUGCCGGCGUCCCAGCCCCGCGAGGCCCUCGCCCGCCGCCCGUCGCCCGCCGCCCCGCGACGGCUGAGCGGGCGCGAGUUGCAGCGCGAGGUUCUGGCGCUCCUGGGCCUCCCCGGCGGACCCCGCCGCCCGCCGCCCGCCGCCCGCAAGACGCGCCCGCGCCGCCCCGCCCCCCGCCCGCCGCCGCGCCGCUCUUUCAUGCUGGGCCUGUACCGCGCCUUGGCCCGCCAGGACGACGCCGAGGACAGCCCCGCGCUUAGCGCAGCCGCCGACGGCGCGGACACCGUCAUGAGCUUCGUCAAUCUGGUUGAGCUGGACAGAGGCAUUUUCCAGAAGAAGCCUUACUGGAAAGAAUUCAGGUUCGACUUAACUCAGAUCCCAACGGGGGAGACUGUCAUGGCGGCCGAAUUCCGAAUUUACAAGAUGAAAAGUUACACCUGCCAUGUUAAUCAGACCCUUCACAUCAGCGUUUACGAGGUCAUCCAGGAGCACCCAAGCAGGGAAUCCAAGCUUAUGUUCUUAGAUCUUCAGGAAACUCUGGCUGGCAUGGAUGGAUGGCUGACCUUCGAUGUCACAGCUGCUAGCAACCACUGGUUGUUGAACCGGAAAUACAAUUUGGGGCUGAGACUUUAUGUGGAGACAGAGGAUGGAGAGAGUGUGGAUCCAGGACUGGGCGGCCUCUUGGGUCGCCAUGGACCACGUUCCAAGCAGCCCUUCGUGGUGACCUUUUUCCAGGAGAGCGAAAACCAGGUCAGGCUCCCCCGAGCAGCCAAGCAGGCAAAACGACGACCGCAGCACAGGAAGACCUACAGCUUCCCACACUCCAACAGGCUCCCGGGGCUUUUUGAUGAUGUCUAUGUUUCUGAACACAGCCAGGUCUGCAGAAGGCAUGAGCUGAAUGUCAAGUUUCAAGAUUUUGAUUGGCUGGACUGGGUGAUUGCCCCCCAGAGUUACCCCGCAUUCUACUGUGAUGGAGAGUGUCUGUUUCCCCUGAAUUCCUCCAUGAAUGCCACCAACCAUGCCAUCGUCCAGUCGCUGGUCCACCUGAUGAAGCCCGAAUCUAUUCCCAAGGCCUGCUGUGCCCCCACGAAGCUCAGUGCCAUCUUUGUUCUCUUUUAUGACAGCAACAACAAUGUUAUCCUCAGGAAAAAGCGGAAUAUGGUGGUGAAGUCCUGCGGCUGCCACUAACACUGUGGCCAAUCCAGGCCCUUUCUGGGGAAGCAGGCACUUGACACGGAUGGGGGAGCACGGUUACUACCUGCUUCUAAGAGGAAGAGCCCUCGAUGGACAGGGAAAGAGCGUCUGCCUGCCCCAUGGACUGGGACGAAGGAGGGCCAGCCCCAGACCUGUGGACAACAGGGCCCUGCCAUGGACUCCCACUGCCGGCAGAGGUGCUGCUUAAGCUGUUUGUUUGGUUAAGACCAAACAAACAGAGAAACAGCUUUGCCAAGGAAACGAACAGAUGAACAGGCUGCAAACAUUGCUUUAGCUUGUAUUUUGGAGUGGCCUCUUCCACCCCCUCCCUGAUCCUGCACCACAAAUUACAUUAAACCAAACACAUCAAAUAGACUUAUUUUGUGCAAAUGCAGGCUGCAGUUUAUCAAAUAGCUGUAAUUCUGCAACAAGCAAGAGGAGUGGCUGCUUGGCAGGGAGCCCCAGAUGUGGGCAGCUCUCUGCAGCUGGCAAGCCUUCCUGGUCCCAAGAGCACCAUUUCCAGGGCCCGAGCAGAACCGUAGCCAGGCACUUCCUUGGCAGCCCCUUCCCAACUUUGCUCUGUUCUCACAUGGCUGCGAUCCAGAGACAGCCCUGCCACAGGUGCCCAGAGACUUUGGCAUAAACCAACAUUGGCACCUUGUGGCAUUCCUCCUGAAGCAACGGCCUCCAGAGGCUCUGCUGUCAAUUCUGCCAAGUGGAGAGACACCCCCCCCCACCCCAGGGGCAAGAUGUUCAGAAGGCAUCACGCCUUCCAGUUCAGCCUUGAUCAACUAGGGAGGAGAGAGCAGCUGAGAGACUGGGCCGGUGGGUGGAGGGGAACAGUUUAGCCUGCUUAUAAAUGCAAAGUUACCUAAUUUCACAUUUUGCAAUCAUACCCAAACAGAAGCACAUGGAUCAUUAGAAAUUCAUACCUCUCCAAAUUUUGCCUUGAAAUGUUAAAAGGUAAUCUCUAUAGUAAAUGGAAUAUAUAUCUUGCAUGGAAGUUGGGUAUGUAAUGCAUUAGCUAAGAAUAAUUGCUUAUAGCCGAUGUACAUUAAAUCAGAUUGCAAAUGAAUAUGUAAAUAAGAAAUAUGCACAAGUUGUAGCACAAACUUCUUAAGAAAAUCGAUGCUAUUUAGUUUGGAAGGGAGGAAUUUGCGAAUGGAAAGAAAAGAGGAAAUGAAGCAAUUUGAAUAAAUGUCUGUUGCAGCAUU